AAAGUCUUCCACCCUCCGACAAGAUCGUUGGCUUCUUCUUUGACAAGUCACAAUCCCAACUUUGAUCGCGCCCUGUCAUCUUCAUACGCGACAGCCACAAUGGCCGAACCACCUCGCGACAUUUCCUCCAUCCUCGCUGCCCUAGGCGCAGCACAAAGAGGCACGUCUUCGACGCCAACCCAAGGACAGCCCGGCAUGCCACCCAGCUAUCCUCCUCCUCCUGGCGGCCAGCCGCCACCAUCCUACCCCCCGAUGCCGCAACAGAGUGCGCCUCCCUAUGGCGGCGGCGGUGGCUACCCCGGAUUGCCCCAGCCUUCGUCCAGCGGCAGUCUGGAUCUCAGCUCGAUCCGUCCCGUCAACUCUGGCACCGUCAGCAUCGCCGACGCCAUAGCGCAGGCCAAGGCCUUCGCUGCCGAGAAAGGCGUGGCAUCCUACGACCGACCCCUCGUCUACUCUAACGAAGCUCCCCGCGGCCAGGAUCCUCGCUACGGCAGAUCCUCACGGUCACGCUCUCCUUCCAAUCGUCGCGACCAGUUCCGCGACAACUUCAACCCCUACAGAGACGAGCGCCGGGAUGACCGCCCUGCCCCACGAGACUAUGGCCACGGCCGCGAGCGAUCUUUCAGCCCUGGCCCGCGUGGUCGCACCUUUUCUCCUCGCAACUCCAACGGCCGAGAGCGAUCUCCCCUCAGAGGAACCGGCGGCGACGACAACGCAGAGACUAUUCAGAUCGAGUCGAGUCUCGUUGGCCUCAUUAUCGGUAGACAGGGGGAGAAUCUGCGUAGGAUCGAGUCAGAGUCCAGCUGCCGAGUGCAGUUCCUUCCUUCCAGCGAUAACGGCCCUUUCCGUCAGUGUAAGAUCACUGGUCCCAGGGCACAGCGCAGUGAGGUCAAGGAGGCCAUCAACCGCAUCAUUGACGAUAGCGGCAUGGGCGCCAUCAACCGUGGCGCUGCGAACCCCAAGGGACCCCCUCCCCGCGACCACCGCGCUGGACCACCUGGAACAAGCGCUGCCGCCGCUGCCGCCGGAGCUGGAGCGGCAGCUCUGCGCGACGGUGAGGACUGCAUGCAGAUUAUGGUUCCCGAUAGGACCGUGGGCCUGAUCAUCGGUCGUGGUGGCGAGACCAUUCGCGAUUUGCAAGAGCGGUCCGGUUGCCACAUCAACAUCGUUGGCGAAUCUAAGAGUGUUAAUGGACUUCGUCCUGUCAACUUGAUCGGCUCCCGCGAAUCAGCUGCUCAAGCCAAGGAUCUGAUAAUGGAGAUCGUUGACAGCGAUAGCCGAAACGAGGGUCAACCCGCUGCCCCAGCGAAGAAGCCCCAAAGGCACGAAGGUGGUCAUCAGAGAGACUCUGGACCCAUGGGCGGGGCCGGUGGGGGCGGCGGCGGGGACAAGAUUAACGAUGCCAUCUACGUCCCGUCCGAGGCCGUGGGUAUGAUCAUUGGCAAGGGAGGCGAGACCAUCCGUGACAUGCAGAACGGCACUGGCUGCAAGAUCAAUGUUGCCCAGUCUUCCGGUCCAGGCGAGGUUCAACGAGAGAUUGCCCUCAUCGGCUCGCGCGACAGUAUCGCCAGGGCCAAGCAAGCGAUUGAAGAAAAGGUCGACGCAGUGCGUCAGAAGAACUCUGGGGGCGGUGGCGGUGGUCGCGGUCGUCAAAACCAAGACUAUGAUAGAAGCUACUCUCAACAGGGAUCUAACCCAUCAGCAUCAGGAUCUGCUAACCCACCAGCUGCUCAAGCUCCCGCUGGAGCCGACGGGGCCGACCCGUAUGCGCAAUACGGUGGAUAUCAGAAUUACCUCGCCCUUUGGUACCAGUCCCUCGUAUAUCAGCAGCAACAAGGCGGCGGCGCGGCCGGUCAGCCGGGCGCUGCCCCCCCUGGAGCUUCAUAG